CUCCGCGAGAAGUAUCAAGACAGGAGCAGGUCAUUCAGUCAGCAGGAGGGCGGGCGGCUGACAGGUGGGUGGGAGAGAAGUUGGACGUCAGCUGAAUCUGCGCUAGUUUCCUCAUCUUGUCUUCCUUCCCUCAGGAUCGCCCUGAGCUCAUCAUGAAUAUAGGAGAGCUGGUGCCAUUGUAUGGAAAAUCUAGAGCCCUGAGGUAGGGUGUUGCUUGGUCAUCAUGAAGAGUGAACGCCAGGAGGAAGAGCGUAGACUGGAGGUAAGGGUAGCAGAUGAUCGAGAUUUUGAGCGGCUGAAGAAGCUUUGUGACUGUCCUGAUGGAUGGAGCCUGGCUUAUGAGAGCCCACCCACCAGGGUUUACACUCGCCCCACUAAGAACUCCACUUUCCACAUGAUCAAGGUAUGCACAGUUUAUCAAGACAUCGACGCCUAUGUGUUGUAUGAUGUGCUGCACGACCCCCACUACCGCCAGAUCUGGGACAAGCACAUGAUCCAUUCAGUAGAUGUUGGCUACCUCAACCCAAACAAUGAUGUUUCCUACUAUGCAAUCUCUUGCCCAGCACCCUUGAAGAACCGUGAUUUUGUGCUGCAGCGGUCAUGGCUGGAUACAGGGCAGGAGCUAUAUGUACUGAACCAUUCUGUGUUUCACCACCAAUAUCCCCCACAGAAAGGUUUUGUUCGGGGGCUCUCACAUCUCACAGGCUACCUGAUCCGCCCACUGCCCUCUGGUGGGUGCUCCUUCAGCUACGUCUCUCACUGCGAUCCCAGAGGGAAGUUGCCACCCUGGCUAGUCAACAAACUAACCCAUGUUCUUGCUCCCAAGAUGGUGAAGACUCUACAUAAGGCAAGUUUGAAGUACCUGUCAUGGAAGUCACACAAUAACCCAAAUUACAAGCCAUGGAUUUAUCCUGAGCAGAUCAGCCUUCCUAGGAUAGCAUUUAAUCAGUGUACGAAGAGUCCUGCUGAUGAGGUAGAUGACCUACUGGAUGAGUCCCACAUUGAUGAGAAGAGCUUGAACCACUUCAGCCAAGAAGACUACUAAACAGUGUAUUCUCUGUAGCAGUCUAACCUUGUAGUAGUGAUUCUUGAAAUAAUGCAAUGAAGAGUCAGGAACAUCAAUCUUCUUUUCACAGUUAACUAAGAGCUGUAAGUUGACCUUCACUUCUUUCUUUGAAUGUUCCUGCCCUUUGAGCUCUCUGGGAUUUCUCAGUACAUGUGUACAAGAGCUCAUUCAUCCACUCACUGCUGUAUAUUGGCUGUGGAGUGCAAGAACUGGGAGAGAUAGAUGUAGGGAUAAAAUUAAUCACUGUGGCAGAGAUGGCACCAUACUAAAUCUUAUGGUUUCAUAAUGGUACUUAAGUUGGCUGAAGUAAAUGACUUCAGAAUUUCUUAUAGAUCUGAUAAUGUGUGUUUGAGUUUUCAUGGGGCUUGGAAGUUUCUUCUCAUUAAACUAGAGAAAUUAUGUUGGUUGUGGCUAUUUAACUAGUUUUAUUUCAUUCAAAAUAUUUACAUUAGAUGUAAGGUAUAUUUGUGUUUAUUCAUAUAUCAAAUUCAAGAGAGCCUUAAGAUAACCUUUAUAUGCCACCCGUUGAAUAGUCACAUACCAUAAUGAUAUUAACUUUGCAUAUUUUUAAUUGUUGCAGACAUUAAAUUUCUAUCUCUCAUAUGCCUUAUCUUUCAUCUUAUUCUGCACCUCAGUAGGAAAAGAAAUGCCAUGAUGCAAACUUAGUAAUAAGGGUGAUUAUGCAACUUAAAAAUGAGUAAUGUUUAUUUAAUGACUUGUUUUGGCUCUUUAAAGGCAAUGCACAUAGUUUUGUUUGAGCAUGUUAUACCACUAUGAUAUUUCUAAAUGGUUUGAAAUGCAUAUUGUGCACAAGCAAAGACACUACAAGGAGCACAAACAGUAAUUGGUGACUCAGUGACCUGAGUAGACCUAAAACAUAUUGAAAAUACUAAAUGCUAUUUCUUUGCUGGUUUUCUAUAUUGCAGGUACAUAAUCAUGUUUUUAAAAAAUAGUGUGGCCCUCACUAAAAAAAAGUGUUACUUAUACUUAAUGACAAAGUAAUUCAACAAAAUGUCAUAAUUUUUUUUCUUUCUUUUCAAGUUCUCAUACAGUUGAGGAAUUCACUUGUCUUCAUUAUCAGUUUGUGAAUGCUUGAUCUAAAAACAGAGGAGUACUUAUUACCUGGAAGAAUACAGGUUGAGAAUUCUUUAUCAGAAAUUCCAAAAUCUGAAACUUAUUUUCAAUGGUUACAUGACAUUACAAAUGAAAAAAUUAACAAGGUGGUGAGAAUGUUCCACCACACACACACACAUACACACACACACAAAAAAAAAGAAAAAAAUGGAGUGGCAACAUGACUGCAUGCCCAUUGACUAAAGCUUUGAUGCUCAAUUUAGUGACAGGUAUCAAAAAGUGGUAAAUUGUCACUCAAUGCAAAUACCCUAAAGAUACCCUAAAUACCUCAAAUACCCUAAAGAUUGCCAUGACCCUCUUCAUUUCAUCAUUCACAUUUAUUUCUCCUUACAUUACAAUGGGUCUUGGUAAGCUUAACAAUGAAGAAAAGAGUGUUGUGAUGGCCUUUGUUCGACAAGGGUUCAGUAACUGUGAGACUGGAAGGAAGAUAGGAAGAUCAGAAGUAAUCAUCAUGUGGGUGGCGAAGGCUACACUAGCACUUGGAACAACUGUCACUCCUUGUCUCCUUGUAACUCACAAGUCUCUUGACCAAGAGAAAGAGGGAGUAGCAACUUAGUUUUUACAAGGCAUACAUCCUAUCAACUUAUUCUUGUAUCUGUCUUCCUUUUUUUUGCCCGAAGCAAAAAGCACGAAGCCAAGAAGCACUCCUUCUCUUGGGAGUGAUGGUGCAGCCUUCACCACCCAUGAUAUGGCUACCUCUGUUUGAUCUUCCUAUCUUCUUUCCAGUAUCACAAUUACUGAGCCCCUUUGGAAAAAGGCCAUCACAACACUCUUUGUUGUUAGGCUUGCCAGGACCCACUGUAAUGUAAGUGAUGAAAUGAGAAGGGAAGGAUGUGGCAAAGGGGAAAUGGGCAGAGGAGUGCAGGAGAGAUUUCAAAGUGUCAAUGGUUCAAAACUAAGCAUAGCAUCUGUGGGUAAUGUGAGUUGCCAGGCAUGACAGUUUAUCACUUUUUGAUGCCUCUUAAGUUUUUUUUUUUUUCCCAUAUAGGAGGGACACUGGCCAAAGGCAACAAAAAUCUAAUAAAAAAAGCUUUUGUCUAUGUGCACACUGUCAUGUUAAUACUUGUUUAUAUAUAUAUAUAUAUAUAUAUAUAUAUAUAUAUAUAUAUAUAUAUAUAUAUAUAUAUAUAUAUAUAUAUAUAUAUAUAUAUAUAUAUAUAUAUAUAUAUAUAUAUAUUUUUUUUGCAGCCACCAUAAAACUAUAUUAAAGAUAUAUGUAUAAGCUAUAUUAUGAAGUGACUUGGGCCCCUUCCCCAAGCUGUCCCUUUUUAUAGAUGUAAAUAAAAAUAUUCCAAAAAACUAGAAGAAAUUGAUAUCUGCAAUAUUUUUGGUCCCAGGAAUUUCGGAUAAGAAAUUCUCAACCUUAUCAAUUUUUGAAAUUAUAAUUCUUUUCCAAGUAAUGUAUUGAGAAUGUUAAGAGCAUGAUACAGGAAGUUGAAAAUUAAGAUUUGAUACAGAGAGAAAAUUAAAUAAUCUGUACAACAAACACUUAACAAUGAGGUAAUAAUUACAAAGAGAAAUAAUUCUUGAAUAUACAUUAUAUAUUUCAAGUACAAAGUAUUUAAAGAUGGAAUAUUGAGAAAUAUGUUUAGCUGUGAGGAACUUAAAGGCAAAUAUACUGGGAGAACUCAUUCCAUCAAAUGUGAAUGUAAGAAAUGAUCAAUUUUUUUUUUUUACUAGAAUUUGAUGUACCUUUAUUACUGAAGAAUAGUUAUCUGAAUUGGCACAUAGAGUGACAGUAUAUUAAAUAUCUUGCUGGUGGGAGGAAGGACAGUUAAACUAAAAUACAUAGUUGAAAUUCAAAACUUCCCAAAGAGCAAAAUCUCAUACUGUUAUUUUUUUUUUCUGAUAACUUCAGCCUCCUUAAGUUUCCUCACCAUAUGUGUUUCCUUCCCUCAUACCUGCAGAGUCAUGUUUAGUCAUUUAUCCACCAUCACUGACUCCUUCAAGAAAAGAUAAGUGAAGUCCUUAGAGCAUUGAUUCUUAACUUUUGACUGUGACCCAAAAUCCUGUCCAGAUUGAAAAUAUACCUUCAUAAACAAUUUUUAUUUAAAAUUCAAAUUAAAUUUUAAAAAAGCAAAAGUAGAUGUCUAUGUCUUUAUAAUUUGCUUAGCCCUAAAUAUUAAUGAUUUAGGUAUUCUAUACACAGGAUUAAUACUUUAAUUAAAUUUUGAAUAGGUAUACUGGAAAAAAAAAAAGAAAAACUGCACAUAUCCUUGGUGACCUAUUGAAAUGGUUUGGCGACCCAACUUUGGGUUGUGACCCAGGGGUUAAGAACUACUCCCCUAGAUGGUUCUUGGUUUUUACUAUAUCAGUUGAAAGAAGUGUUAUUAUCUCUUGCCAACAAUAUUUUCUCUCCACAAAACAAUUGCAACAAUUGUGAACUGUUGAGGAGCCUUCAUGAUUUGUAAUAAAAUGAUUAAUUGUAGAGAUAUAAAAUUCUAAUGGCUGCAAAUGCAUAGUAAAGUUCUGUACCAGGCUUGCAUAACAUUAAAAAUAUACACAUCAUGAAGUACUACAAACACUGUUCUUUUUAUGUACUGUUUGGUAUUCCUCCCAUGGAUUUUGAAAACAUUUGGUUGUCAAAUGAGAAUAUCCAGAACCUGAUUUUUGAGAGGAAACAGUGGCUGAUGGUAGAUUCUCUUACUCUUAUGUAUCUGUCCUUUAAGAAGAAAAUAUUAUUC